UCUCGGCUCGCAACACGCCCCCAAAACACAAACACAACACACACACACUCACACAGAGAUAUUAUGCUGAUGCACACCACAUCGACAACAUCGACCGCCACGAUGACCAACUCAUCCUCAUCGGCCACGCCCACGCCGGGCUCAACAUCAUCGAACAACAGCGCCACACUUGAGACGCUGCAGCAGCAGCAACAACAACAGCAACAGCAGCUGCAACAACAACUCCAGCAACUGCAGACGACAACAUCAGCAACAACCGCAAAUAACUCACGUCCACCUUCGCGAGCUCCCUCCAUCCUGGACAGUCCGACGCUGGCGCGCGUGGAACGCGCUCGUCUUCGUCUCGAGCAGCAGGAGCGGGAGCGGGAACGCAGCAGCCAACGCAGCAGCCAAAUAGGCGGAGGCAGCGUCGGAGGCGGUGGCUGUGGCGGUGGUGGCAGCAGCAGCGGCACGGGCAGCACUGCAACAACCAUGAAUCGCGAGGAUAGCCUAGAGCGGAGCAUAUUGGAUCCCAAGAAAGACUCGGCGCCGUGGCAUCAAAUGUGGACGCAUAUGAAACGCCUCUCGCACGCCUCAAAAGUCAACUCGACGACCAGUCUGACAGCCCAGAAAACAGACGUGGGCGUUGGCCAUCAUCACCUGACAGCAGGCACAACAACAACACCAACACCAACAGCAACACAAACAGCUACACCAACAGCAGCGACAGCGACAACUAUUAAUGGUGGAACACCGAGAGGAACAAUGCCAGGCAAAUGCAUAUUAUUUCCGGAUAAGACGUCCUCCCUCAAAAGUUCCAUGUACACGCAACAGGUCUACUUCAGGCCCGAUAUGCAAUCUCUGCUGGCGGGUCGCAUUCCUGUGGCCUCCAUGACGGGUCCCAUUAAGCGUGGACUUCUCUGGCAGCAGCGGGAUCGUCUCUUCUCACGUUGGAAGGAGAGAUACUUUGUGCUCACCCGCGACUACUUGCAUUGCUUUAAACGUGCCUCGGGAUCCGCCAAUGAACGUGCCUCGGAUAUGGGUCAAUUCAUAUUUAAGGUCAAACUGGUGGACGUGGAGAAGGUGGAAUGGCUUAAUCGACGCUCGUACAGCGCCAUUGGGCUGCUGCUGGGACGCGAGGGUCGAGUGCUCUUGCGCUGUGAUGAUGGCCUCGAGGAUUGGUUCGAGUUGCUGGAGGAAUGCGCGCUGACUUCCAAGGAGCGACGUCGCGCCCUGAAGAUUGCCCAGGGUCCCAGAUCCAGGGCUUCUCUGGCGGCGCCCGUUUCGCAUGCUUCGCUACAGUUCCAACACUUUGGUCUAGGCAGCACCUACUCCAGCGCCCUUGAUGAUUGGCUGAUGACGAGUGGAGCCAGCGGUGGCGGUGGCUUGGCUCGUCACAAAAUUGGAGCUGGCAGCUUGAAUGGUUAUGCGGGUGCCAAUCCAUUCCUGUUCAGCGAUUCGGUGCCCGAUUUGAGUGCACUUAAUAAUGAGAAUCACAAUCAUCAUCUGAGCGGCAUCUCAACGAAUCACUCGACACCACAAAAGAUACCGCACCACAGCAACGCGAAUCUCAGCCGCUAUUCGAAUGGAUAUGCCUCCGCCCAAAAUAGUUUCACCCAGGCUGGCGGCGGUCUCUAUGGCUCUCCUCGUCGUAUCUUCAUCAACAGCAGCUUUGGCUCCAAUCAAGUGGUGGAUGAGGAGACUGCCGAAGAGGCAGAGGUUCAACUACGCAGGCCACGACUAUUCCGGGGCAUCAGUGCCACGCCAGACAAUGGCAACGAGCUGGACAGGGAUUGGCUGUAUCGCAAACCGCGUGCGCCAACCGAUAUGCGCCAUUCAGUGCAACCCAUGCUGCCCACUCACAACUCGAACGGUGGCAGCAACGCUGGCCUGGCUAACAAAACGGAGUUGGACUGCUCUGCCCACGACAGCGGACUGGACACGCCCCCCUCGACGCACCGCCCAUCGAGCUAUCGUGAGGCUGCCAGCAGGGAUAGCACAGAGACCAACGGCAGCUCAUCGCGUGGCACGUUGCUGAACAACUCACCAGGCGGCAGCUUCCGUGCCAAGAAGCUGAGCCCUCAGGUGACCAAUUUGAAUCAGUUGAACUCAUUGCACGGAUCACGCUACUCUGUGCAGGAUCAGCGCAUUCUGAAGAUGCGCAACAACGAGGAGGAUCGUUGUACCUCCAUCAAGCUGGCCAAUCGCCUCAAUCACAACAACGAACAGCAGCAGCAGCAGCCACAGCAACAACAGAACUCCUCCGUCUAUGAUCCCAACCAGAAUCGCUACUAUAAGAAUGGCAAUGGCUCGUCUCCAAUUUCACUGACACCACAGCAUACGCCACAGCAUAAAAUGAUGCAUCUCGGCAAUGGCAAUGGCAACGGCACUUUAAAUGGUAACGGUGGAUCCGCCAUGAAUGGAUCGGCCAUAUUCCGAGAGCGUUAUCAGCAUCCAGCAUUGGCGGCCAUUAUCAACGAGGCACAGGGAUUGAAGUUUCGAGAACGUGCCUAUUCGGAUAGCCAGCAACGUCGGCUGAACAACAACAACAACGGGCCAACUCCGGUUCCCGCCUCACCCUUGGCCCAAAGACGCAACAACGUCCCCAUUUUUGGAACGCCAACGCGCGUAUAGCGUUUAAAAGUCUAAGCAAAUGAUAUGUGAGGUCAUAGAACACUUAAAUAUGCAUUACCAUUAACAAAUAAGUAGCUAAAUGUUUAAGUGAAAUAAUUAAAAUAGUCAACGGAUAAUACUUGAAUAAAGAACAGAACAUAAGGGUAUCAUAUUUAGAAAUUAUUAGAUCAUUAAUUAAUGCAGCGACUUUAUUAAGCUUGGUUUCAUCACAAGAUGCCAGCUAAAUAUUAUAAUAAAUUUACGUACAUGUAUUUAGACUAAAUAUGUAGCGUUAAUGUAAAACCAAUUCUCAAGUAGUUUUAGUGUGCUACUAUGUCCAGCUUUAUGUAAAAGGUUAAAAUAAAAUAUACAACGACCUCGUUCCGCAAAAUCGAUUGUAAA